AACGAAGGUAUUAAAGUUGUAAUGAUUUAUAUACGGAACGAGCUUGACAGUACGAAAGACUUGAGCAGACGGAAGCGCAAAAACCCAAGGAAUACGUCAACAACGUCAGGCUCCCAUGGGGAAUGGAGUCACAACUAAUUUCACAGUUUAUGUCAAACACGAGCAGUGAUACAGAAACAGCAAUAACCUGCUUGCAAGCCAGUGGCUGGGAUUUGAAAAAUGCUAUUGAGCUCUUUCUGGAAAAUGGGGGCAAUGUUAGAACUACUUGGGAAGAAAAUGGCAACAUCCGACCAACACUGCGCAAAACUCCUGCUGUUGAUUUAGCUGACUUGAAGAAACUUUCAAGAGGAAUCUCAAGAGCAACAGAUAAUGUGAAGUUGGUAUCACGUGCCCGCUCAGAUAUUGCUCACGAGUUUGGAGAUACUGCAGUUUUCAACGUUAAUCAGUUUUUCAUCGAGACACCUGUAUGCACUUUCACUUUGCCGGAUUUGACAGUGUAUCCUGAAGACUUCCGUUCAUUUUUGGAAAAGGAUCUGAUUGAAAAGUCAACCCUACAGUCUUUGGAAUCUGCUGGUAGACUUAAUUGGUGGGUUGAGCUUGGAGCAUGUCAGUCUCUGUGGCCACUUGCUACGUCUGGAGAUGGAAAUUGUUUGUUGCAUGCUGCAUCACUUGGAAUGUGGGGCUUCCACGAUAGACUGCUGACUCUGCGACGUGCUCUUCACGGUUUCCUAUCGGGUUCUCCAUGCCGUGAAGCUUUGUAUCGACGCUGGCGAUGGCAACAGACACGUGCUAAUCUAGCUGCAGGUCUUGUAUAUACUGAGGAGGAAUGGCAACGUGAAUGGGACAGCAUAAUCAGCAUGGCUUCAACUCAGCCACGGAAGUCAAUGAAUCGCAGACGCAGUUCCAUUCUUAUGGAGCGUUCCCUGGAGGAGAUACCAGAAAAUGCAACGUAUGAGAGCCUUGAAGAAGUUCAUGUACUUGCAUUAGCACACGUGCUGCGGAGACCUAUAGUUGUCAUUGCAGAUGUGAUGCUGAAGGAUAUGAAUGGAGAGGAUCUUGCCCCAAUCCCAUUUGGAGGGGUCUACCUACCACUGGAGUGCCCUCCAGCAGAUUGCCAUCGUUCCCCUCUCGUACUGGCAUAUGACUCUGCUCAUUUUUCAGCUCUAGUUGUGAUGGAACGAAAUUCAGAUGUCGUUCAACCACCAGCUGCUGUGCCUCUGAUAAGUUCUGACAGACAGCUUCUUCCUAUACAAUUUGCUGUGGAUCCUGGGGAGCAGCUGGUAUGGGGUCGUGAUGAGUCCCAACCCCAUUUGGUACGAAAACUCAGUCUUGCUCCAAGAGACCAACUCGGUCUUUUGGCAGAAUAUUUGGAUGUGAGAGAACUUCCUCCAGGUCCUGAUUCACCACCAGAAUCCACCGACGAUGGCUGCGACAUUGAGAAAAGGUUUUCUGAGAUGGCUUCUGACAGUGAUCCCAGUGAUGAAGGUGUGGCCUUUGGAGGGAAAGCAGCGAGGCAGUUCCAGACAGCAGUAGCAAAACAGUUUGGCAGCCUUAGCCGUCGAUUGAGAAAGAACUUUGGAUCUCUUACGAGAGCAUCUAAAGCCAAUGCCCAAAAGAAAGACACCCCACUUAAUAAUCAGCAACAAGAGCGUGUAAUAUGUGCCCUUUUGCACACAGAAAAGAGGCAUGCCUACCAAGCAGAAAUGAUACGCAACUACUUGGCUUGUGCUCGUGCCCGAUUUGAGCUCCAGCAACAGAAGCAGUUACAACCUCGGCAGUCUUUUCAGUCUGAAGCUCAUCCUGGUUCUACGGCAGCUACUUUCACUUCUGCACCAAAUACAGGAGUAAUGUAUGGGGCUGGACGCUCCCGCUUCUAUGCAACUGAAAUGAUGCGUCCCUCAGUUGAGACUCUUCCUCAUCAAAAGGCACCUGGUGCUUGUGCGAAUGGACGUACUCUGUUCCUUGCCAAAUCGACAUUUUAUGAUGAUGAGGCGUCACAUUCUUAUGUUGCACCAUCGGAAAUAGUCAGUGGGAGACACACACAUGUGGCAACACUGACUUCUCCACAACUUCCGAAAGCCGGCCACGGAGUGGAACUGCCACAUGUUGAAAAAGCUGGCACUCCGUGUAGAAAUAAUCACUGCCAUUUCUAUGGCUCACCAGACUCUGACCACUAUUGCUCACGAUGCUAUCGUGAGAACACAGUAACUGGUGUGAAUACAACAGCAGUGCGCAGUCUGCAAGUACAGGAAGUCAAUCGAUAGUGCACCAUGCUCACUUUUCUGUUCCUUUGCAUCCCUAAAAGGGACUAAAACAAUGUGUAGCUGUACUGUAAAUAAUGUUUAUGAGCUUUAAUGAUGGUCAGUAUUCCCUGAGAAACUGCUGCAUACCAUUUCGUAGAUAGCAUAUUUUUAAACAUCUAUUUUCAUAUCAUCGGAACUAUAGGCAUGUAGCAUUACAUUUGCACUUGCAUAACUGUGAUUAUAGCCAAAGUUGUGUGCCAGAAGUUAUGUAAGAUUAAUACAUAGUUGUUGUCAGUGGCAGAUAUGGAGCCUGUCCAUGUUACUGAAGCACCUGCAGGUUUCAAAUGAGUACUGCAAUCUUGUGAUUGGUGUGUUUAUUCAAGCAUCCUCUCAGAAACCAAUUUUUGUUAUGAUGUUGACCGUAACAUCACUUUGUAAUGGCCUUAGACAGAUUUAUAGUGGUAUCAUGUGCUAUGCAUAAUUUGAUACUGUGUAUUGAAAGUGAAUAUGAAAGUAUUUGUGUGUUCAGAUAAUUUUCAUUUCGUGUAUCUGUUGUCGUAUGGUAUAUAAAAGUAACAUGUCUUGGUACUCUGAGUCAGAAUGGGUAACUCCCUAAUCAACUUCUACAGUGCAGUUAUUUAGUAUCUCUCUUUUGUUUAAGGAGUUUUUGUGAAGUUGCGACUGUAAUACACUUCCUUGUAACUUGUAGCAGAUGGAAAAACUGUGCAGUGUUGUGCACUCACAUGAUUUACAUAUUCAUUAUGGUUGUUGGAAGAAUUGUCCAUCACUGGGCAAAUAUGAUAUGGAUCAAUGGUAGUGUGGCAAGUUUAGUGUCCCAGAAAGUACUUCAAAGCUAUUUUUAAAAAGAAACUGUUUAAAAAAGCUUGUCUCUUGAUUAACCCUUAAGGCAUCUACCUACCUUAUAGCAACUUAACAGGGUAUUGUUAUGCUCUUUAACCUAAAAUAUAUUUUAAGAAGACAUGUGCCUGGAGAGCUUCUUAUUGUGAUAAAAUAGGUUAUUUUGAAUAUCCAUAUACACAGUUUUGUUCCAUUUAAAUCUUGUUUGAAUAUUAGAACAUUAGGAUAAAUGUUAGCAUUUGUACCUGAGUGGUGUUUACACCUGCCACAUGUCAGGUGAUAUAAUUUUUUCUUGUUUUUAUUGUAAAGGACCAUUCAGUCCUUUGUGCUGUUCCAAGCAAGGAAAAUUUGAAUGUUUUAGUGACUUAGUCUUAAUUUUUAUUAUAAAUUUUCAUCACUGGUAGUAUCAGGCUUUUAAAUGUUGAUUAUAAAGCUUGAUUUUGUGUUGUUGAACUUUUUAGUUAUUCUGAAUAGUAAAGAAAUAUGCAGUAAGUGGCAAUCAUACUGCUUUUGUUAUCUAAGUAGUGAAGAACAUUAGGUUAGCAUUAGUACAAUGUCAGAUGCUCUGGGUAUUUUUACAAGUGUUUUAAUACUUUUCUACUUAAUGUUUAGCUGUAAAAAAUUUUUUGAUUUUAUAUUUGUAAUGGAUGUCAUGAAACAUGCGAAUUUAAUCUGUGAUAAGACAAUGAGCAUUCACAAUAAGCUUUUAAAAUGUUGCAUGUAAUUAUUAAUAGGAACCUCAACUUGAGGGUAUUGUCCUUGCCAUUGGACAUUUGCUUGAAAAUGAACCAAUCUGUUUUGUAUUGUGUAACUGUCUUCCAGUUUUAAAUAUUGAAAACAAUUUGUUGUGUUUUA